AUGGGAUGUAUAUGUUAAAAAGAAACCAAACAAUAAGAGAUUAAACAAUAUGACCAAAAACUGCAGCAAAUUGUAACAGUUCCAGUCUUGUAUGAUCCAAAAACUAAUCCAAUAAUGAAAAGGAGAUUGCAAUAAGAUGCCCAAUCAGAAUAAAAUAGAACACCAACAAGAUUUUGA